GGCGUCUUUCCACAGACUGGCCAGAUCCCUCUCUCACCCGCCAUUCCGCCCACAGUCCCCCAUGCGCACACGUACGUUGCCGCCCGCACUUUUCCUGCUUCUCCCACGGGCCCCCGACUUUGUCCGCUUGAUGCAUGUUGUGGGUGAUGGUGGGGGGUUUCGACGUCUGCGGUCAACGGCCGGCUGUUGCCCAGUUUUCCCCCUUCUUGCCCGGUUGGAGACGUGAUCAUGAGGCAUGAAAAAAAGCACCUUUCCAUCUGUCAGGUGUGGGAACACACGCGGAGGCGAACGGGGAUGUACGGGGGAACGAACGAGGGAGGGGAAGAAACCGGUCAUUCCUUCCACUUCUGCUUCCACUUCCAACCCACGCGUAAACGACGUACCAAGCAAAGACCGACCGGGGCUGAUUGACGUCCUCUUUCCUACCUCGUGCCUUCUGUGCCUUGAAUACAAAAAGAAAUCUCGUCUCCUUCCCUUUCCGCCUGCCCUCUCACUCCUUGUUUCCUUCCCCAUCCGCUUAUAUCGCGUCUAAUCAGAGUUUUUAAACUCGCCGUCUCCUUCCUUCCCUUCCAUCUCACAUCUGGCUGCUUCUGUCAACCUUUUCCGAGCCUCUUCGCCAACCAACAACAGCUAUCCAUAUCAUCCCAUCCCUUCGACUUCCACAGUCAAAGUAGACUUACCCAUUCGUCCGUUACGCAUCCUCUCCUGGAUUGCCUUGGGAUACAUCACCGCCUCUCUUAUACCCGCCAGACCCCCUGACGCGCAUCGUCAAUCACUGCCCAAGAUGCAGUUCCCCAAGCUCGGUGGCAAGGGCGUUGAACACAAGGACAGGACCGACGCCGAUGCGCCCACGGAUUCCAACUCGGUUGACCUCGUGGCUGAGCAGAAGGUCACUUUUGCCGCUUGCUUCCUCGGUCUUGUUGCCAGUAUCGGUGGUUUCAUGUUCGGAUAUGUCAGCGGUCAGAUCUCCGGUUUCUUCCUGAUGGAAGACUUCAUGGAGCGCUUUGGCGAGCCCCAAAACGGAACUUACGUCUUCAGCGCCGCUCGCCAGGGUACUAUCGUCGGCCUCCUCUGCAUCGGCUGCCUCGUCGGCGCCCUGACCGCUGGCAAGCUUGCCGACACUCUCGGCCGUCGCCUGACCAUUUCGCUUUUCGCCUUCUUCUCCUGCAUCGGCAUCGUCAUCGAGAUCUCAUCCACCAACAAGUGGUACCAGUUCGCCAUCGGCCGCCUCGUCAACGGCGUCGGUAUCGGUGCCCUCUCCGUCGUCGUUCCCAUGUACCAGUCCGAGUCGACCCCGGCCAUCAUCCGUGGUGUUAUUGUCUCGACGUACCAGCUCUUCAUCACCCUUGGCAUCUGGCUCGCCGAGAUCGUGAACUUCGCCACCCACAACAAGGUUGGCUCUGCCUCGUGGCGCAUUCCCAAUGGCCUCGGUUUCGCCUGGGCCCUCAUCCUCGGUGCCGGUAUUCUCCUCCUCCCCGAGUCCCCCCGUUAUGCCUUCCGCCAAGGUCGCGAGGAUGAGGCUCGUCGCAACAUCGCCAAGCUUGCCGGUGUUGAGCCCAACGCCAUGUCCGUCAACGCCCAGAUCGACGACAUCCGCGCCAAGGUUGCGGAGGAGAGCGCCGGUGCCGACACCAGCAUCUGGGAGAUUUUCACCGGCCCUCGCAUGCUCUACCGCACCAUUCUCGGAGUCGUUCUCCAGGCCGGCCAGCAGCUCACCGGCGCCAACUUCUUCUUCUACUUUGGUACUACUGUAUUCUCUGCCACCGGCCUCAGCGACAGCUACGUCACCCAGCUCAUUCUCGGCUCCGUCAACGUUGCAUGCACUUUCGGUGGCUUGGUUGUUGUCAAGAAGUCGGGCCGUCGCAUGGCUCUCAUUGUCGGUGCCCUGUGGAUGAUGAUGUGUUUCUUCGUUUACGCCUUUGUCGGCCACUUUGCCCUCGACCAGAACGACCCCCAGAACACCCCCACCGCAGGAACUGUUCUCGUUGCUUUUUCGUGCUUGUUUAUUGCAGGCUUUGCCACGACUUGGGGUCCUCUCGUCUGGGCUGUUGUUGCUGAGCUCUACCCUGCCCGCUACCGCGCUCCCGCCAUGGCUCUUGCCACCGCCUCCAACUGGCUCUGGAACUUCCUCAUGUCCUUCUUCACUCGCUACAUCACCGAUGCUAUCGACUAUCUCUACGGUCUCGUUUUCGCCGGGUGUUGUGCCGCCCUCGCUGUCAUUGUCUUCUUCUUCGUAAUUGAGUCCAAGGACCGCACCCUCGAAGAGAUUGACACCAUGUAUGUCCAGCGCGUCAACCCCAUCACCUCGGCAAAGUGGCGCGGCGAGGUCCGCAAGACUCAUCACAACGAGUCCUCCAGCGAGGCGGAGAAGGCCGAGGCCACCGUUUAAGCUAUCUGUCACUUGGAUAACAACUCGGAGCUUUGCAUCGUCCAUCAGACAAUCAUAUUCAGCGUACACAUUCCGUAUGCACCAUUGGUUCUCCAAGCCAAGUCUUGUGUAACAUACAACCUUCAUUGCGACGGCGUUGGGUGGCAUUUUGUAUUCUUAGAAAAGAAUUGUUCAUGAGGAAUGAGACUUAUUUAAUUGUUCA